AUUGAAAAUUUCACUUCUUGGGGAAUUUGCAAUUUUGUUUGUAAACAAUCUAAUUUUUGUACAAUUAUUCCGAUUAAUUAAAAAAUAAAAAUGUUUUACCACAUUUCUCUUGAACAUGAAAUUCUACUGCAUCCACGUUACUUUGGCCCCCAGCUAUUGGAGACGGUAAAACAAAAAUUAUACACUGAAGUUGAGGGUACAUGUACGGGAAAAUAUGGUUUUGUUAUAGCUGUCACAACUAUUGAUCAGAUAGGUUCCGGUGUUAUACAACCUGGCCAGGGUUUCGUAGUGUACCCGGUGAAAUACAAAGCUAUUGUAUUUCGUCCAUUUAAGGGGGAAGUUUUAGAUGCUGUCGUCAAACAAAUCAACAAAGUUGGCAUGUUUGCUGAAAUUGGUCCUCUAUCGUGUUUUAUAUCACAUCAUUCCAUUCCCGCCGAUAUGCAAUUUUGUCCCAAUGGCAAUCCACCUUGCUAUAAAUCCAAAGAUGAAGAUGUGGUUAUAUCGGGCGAGGAUAAAAUACGUUUAAAAAUCGUUGGUACUCGUGUUGAUGCUACCGGCAUUUUUGCUAUUGGUACUUUGAUGGAUGAUUAUUUGGGUUUAGUUGGCAGUUAAUUUUAUAUAGUCUGGUUGCAAAAUGCAAACAAAUAUUUUAAAAAUAAUUUAUAUAAAUGUAAUAGAUUUAAUGCAAACCUUAA